CUGUUCUUGCUCCUCAACCUCCUUGCUGCAUCUCUCUCUCUCUCUCUCUCUCUCUCUCAUACUAUCCAUCUCCUCUCUCUCUCUGCAUUACAAAGAUUUUAAGAGCAUCAAAUGAAUGUCAAAAAAAAUCCCAUUUUAAUGAUUCUUUCAAUCUCUCUCUACACAAACUCAUAGCCUCAACCUACACAAUUCUAUUCAUUCAUGCUAAACUUGUUCUGUUCUUGGAUUGUUGAGAUAUGAUGAGAUACCAAGGAUUGAGCCCAGAGCAUCCACCUUUAAACAAUGGUAAAAGAUCCCACAAGAGGAUUUGCAAAGAAGAUGAUGAUAUUAUUGGAAAUGAUGCAGAUGGUCCAGCUACAAAACCAAUCCCAAAUUUUGUUGAAGCCCACAAAGGGGUUCCAAAGAUCAGAUCUUCCUCCUCAAAACCACCUCAAGAUCAAAACUUUACGACAUUUUCGACUACUGUCCUUAACCCCUUGCCAAAAACCAACCAUGAUUUGAACAAUUCCACCACCACUCCACUUCACAAUGGAACUAAUACUAGUGGAGACAUGUUGUUACAAUGGGGUCAUAGGAAAAGAUCAAGAAUUUCAAGGUCUGUCGAAAACCGGGCUCCCGGAGCUGGAAAUGGCUUGGCUGAUGACUCUUCAUCCUCUUCAUCAACUCAAUUACAAGCUAUGAUGAAGGUUCCAAGAAGAUCCAUCACUGCAGGACUAAUAGAGACCAAGAAUUCGAGUCAUACAAAUAUCAUGCCUCCACCAUCUUCUAUAUUGCCUAAUUCAAUUUCAAUAACAUCAUCAGCAGCAGCAGUAGUUACCAAUUCAUCAACAUCUCAUGGCAAAGUUGGAAGCCACAAGUCUUCUAGUAAAGAUAACUCUUCCUUUGUGAAUAGGAGGAGCUUGGAAGAUCGAUCUGGUAGCGGAAGUGGGUCCCAUCCGCCUAGAACUAGUAGCAAAGGAGUUGUGGCAGCAGCAGCCUCUUCAUCAAGAUCCAAGGUGUUGAAGAGAUCACCGCAGAAAUUUGUCGAAAAAAAUGAUCAGGUCAAGAUUGUUGGUAGUGCUGCAGCAGGACCAGCAGUUGCAGCUUGUUCUUCGGGAUUUGGUUUGUCGAGUGAUGAGAAAAUAAAUGGAUUGGUGCAUCAGGAACAAGUUAAAGGCCUUGAUACAAGUCAUCAGGACAAUAUUAUUGGUUCUGGUUUACCACAGGAAGCUGGCUGUAGUAAUACUGCUGCUGCUACUACUAAUAAUAAUAAUAAUCAUCGCGGAGAUAUGAAAAUGAUCGGAGCAGGGACGGGGAACGGUGGUGGAGAGGUGAAUGAGUGGCCAAGGGUUCAUAUUCCUCUAACAAAGAAGGAGAAAGAAGAAGAUUUUCUUCUCAUGAAAGGGACAAAACUUCCCCAUAGACCUAAAAAAAGGCCAAAGGCUGUUGACAGAAUGCUACAGUAUUGUUUUCCAGGGACUUGGUUGGCUGAUGUGACCAAGGCUAGGUAUGAGGUGAAGGAGAAGAAAGGCACAACUAAAAAGCCAAAGCGAAGAGGAUUGAAGGGAAUGGAGAGCAUGGAAAGUGACUCUGAAUAGUGAAUUCCCAUGAUUUUAAACAACCAUCCACCCUCCUUGUUCCCACCACUCGCAAAGAAUAUCCUGCUUUCGAACGGGACAUAUUAAACAAACGUCGGAACAGGACUCAAUUGUACAAACAAAUGUCGAAAGAGCAGACCAUGGCACUGACCGGAGAAGAAGCCCUUUUGAGCGUUUAACGGUUUCCUAGAUUUCCAGUUCUGUUUGGUUCCCAGUUAGUGUAGCCUUCUAAUUCUUUUGGUUAUCGUUUAUCUUGUCCAUUUUAUUUUUCUUUUCAAAUACCACCCCGUGGCCUAUUUGUGGCCAUUUCUUGUA